AUGACCAUCGGCGACGGUGGCGAUGCCUCUCUCAACGGUGUAAAGUUCACCACCACUCACAAACUCAAGCGGUCGAUCACCCGCGAACGGCAUGGCAGACUCGAAGAGAGUAUCAUUUUCGACGAGUCAGAUGCCGACAGUUUGACUUUCCCUCGUAAUGAUGCCCUUAUUAUUACUUUACGCAUUUUAGAUACUGAUGUCAAACACAUCAUGGUGGACGAUGGAAGCAGUGCAUACAUUAUCUAUCCCCGAGUCCUUACCCAAAUAAGGCUCGAGGAUAAAAUAGUGCAACGCUGCGUCACGCUAACCGGUUUUAAUAAUGCAGUUGAGCGAACGUCCGGGGAAAUUACACUACUCGUCUUGGACGGUGGAAUAACUCUAGAGACAACAUUGAACACCAUGGAUCAAGCCACCGCAUACAAUGCCAUAGUGGGUCGACCAUAG